ACCAUAGACAUAAGAAGACAUGUCUCAGGCAGCGACUCGUGAACCAGGAAGAGUUUUGUUAUCUGUCGCAUAAAGUAACCCACGGUAUGCUUACAUUCGCUGUAACUUUCGUUCGACAUGGUGAGACACAAUACAAUAAGGACAGGCUGUUGCAAGGACAGGGGAUAGAUACACCUUUGUCAGAUGUGGGCCUCCAGCAAGCAGAGGAGGCAGGCCAGUACCUCAGAGAUCUGCGCUUCAGUAAGGCUUUCUCCAGCAACCUGCAGCGUGCAAAGCAGACAGCUGAAAUCAUAUUAAGGAACAACAGUCACUCCUCUGGCAUAGAGCUGGUCAAAGAUGACUCACUUACCGAAAGGAGUUUCGGGAUUGCAGAGGGACGGUCAAAGGACGCCCUGAAGAAUAUGGCCAACGCGGCAGGCCAGUCUUCUCGAGAUUUUACACCUCCAGGAGGAGAGACCGUAGAUCAGGUCAAAAUAAGGGUCAGGAAGUUCCUUGCAGUCCUAUUCCAGAGCAUGGUGACCGAUCAUGGCUACCCAGAGCAAAGCGUCCUGGUCGAGAAGCCAGAUGCAGGAGAGUCCUCAGGAGCGGACGGGCAUGAUGGCCCACCAAUCAGCUUUCCUGAAGACGGUCUCGACGGCGUACCCAUUCACGUGUUGGUGGUCAGCCACGGCGCCUAUAUCCGCGUGGCAGUGCGCCAACUUGUGGAGGAGAUGGAGACUGCACUCCCCUCUGGCCUCAAGGCCUCGCAUGCGUUCUCGGCCUGUCCCAACACGGGCAUGUGCCGCUUCGUGAUGACGUUGCAGGGCAGGGAGACCGGCCCGGCCCUUGCAGGCAACCGCUGCAUCUUCAUCAAUCGCAAGGUCCAUCUGAGUGCCAGCAAAGACAGCGGAGAGUAGUGCAGGUACGGACAGAGAAGAGGGCAGGGAAAGAAGAGUAGGGGGAUGAAAAGUGGUGGGAGGGCUGACGGGUGUCCCAGAAUAGCAGAAAUGAUAAGGUUUGGUUCCUGCUAACUCCUCUGUUUCUGUCUUUGGUUCUGGGUUACGGAGCAAUGGGCCGAGAACUCAACCCAGAAGAAUGAACACUUCUGAAAUGAAAUGAACCGCUAUGCGUGUUUACUUUUACAGGGUAUAGCUGUGUUAUUAUUAUUAUUAUAUUAUUAUUAAUAUGUUAUUCUCUGUAACCCCAGAAGUAUUUACACUUGAAACUUGAAACACUAUACUGUGCACACUGAUUGUUUUUCAAGGCAGACAUGCUGACAAUAUCGUAUCUGUUCCAAUUCACUGACAAUGUCUUUUCGCCCACUUCAUGACAUAAACCUCACUGGUCUUUUCAGAUAAAUGGGUAGUGUGUGUCAGUGAUAAACUACCACACAAUCUUCAGAGGGUUAAGAAGCACAGCACAUUUUCUCUAUGGCACUGACCUUUACUAUGUUGCAGUCAUAGUCUUUUGACUCCUACCAAAUAAAAAAAAGAUAUAGCUGUCAACAAA